GUACGUCCGGGAGAGGCCUCCACCGGCCUGCUUGGCGGCCGGGUGCUCCUUGGGAGAGCCCGGCGCUUCCCCACGCGCUUCCGGUACUAGCCGCGUGCUACCUCGGAGUGUCUCUCUGCCUCCUGGGUGAGCAUCCGCGUUCCUGGUUUCAGAGAAGAUGGCAGAGGAACUGGAUCUCACGGGACAGGACUCUGAUGGGGGUAGUGAGGAGGUGGUCCUGACUCCUGCAGAGCUCAUUGAAAGGCUGGAGCAGGCCUGGAUGAAUGAAAAGUUUGCCCCUGAAUUGCUGGAAAGCAAGUGUGAAAUUGUGGAAUGUGUCAUGGAACAGCUCGAUCACAUGGAAGAAAAUCUCAGGAGAGCCAAGAAGGGGGACCUGAAGGUCAGUAUCCAUCGAAUGGAGAUGGAGAGGAUCCGCUAUGUCCUUAGCAGCUACUUGCGGUGUCGGCUCAUGAAGAUAGAGAAGUUUUUCCCUCACAUCCUUGAAAAGGAGAAAACACGCCGUGAGGGGGAGUCUUCUAGCCUUUCUCCAGAAGAGUUUGCCUUUGCCAAAGAGUACAUGGCUAACACAGACACCUAUCUAAAGAAUGUUGCCUUAAAGCAUAUGCCUCCUAACUUACAGAAGAUGGACCUCUUGAGGUCAGUUCCCAAACCAGAUCUAGAUUCAUAUGUGUUUCUAAGAGUGAAAGAACGACAAGAAAACAUCCUAGUAGAACCAGAAACAGAUGAGCAAAGGGACUAUGUGAUUGACUUGGAAGAAGGCUCACAGCACUUGAUCCGAUAUAAAACCAUUGCACCUCUGGUUGCUUCUGGAGCAGUACAGCUAAUUUAAAAACAGAACUAAAUAAACAAGAAUGAAGAUGCGGAACCCUGGAGAAAAUGUUCAGAAAUCCCUCAUGUCACUUUGUCCCUGUGGACCACAGACUUUUCCCAGCAGU